CCCUUUCCUCCAACCCAGCGGCUUACUUUGAAGGAAGUAUUUGAAAAUGGGAAACCUAGAAUUGACGUUUUAAAAAACCAUUUGGUGAAGGAAGGCCGACUGGAAGAGGAAGUAGCCUUGAAGAUAAUCAAUGAUGGGGCUGCCAUCCUGAGGCAGGAGAAGACUAUGAUAGAAGUAGAUGCUCCAAUCACAGUGUGUGGUGACAUUCAUGGACAGUUCUUUGAUCUUAUGAAAUUGUUUGAAGUUGGAGGAUCACCUAGUAACACACGCUACCUCUUUCUGGGUGACUAUGUGGACAGAGGCUAUUUCAGUAUAGAGUGUGUGUUGUAUUUAUGGAGUUUAAAGAUAAAUCAUCCCAAAACAUUGUUUCUGCUUCGAGGAAAUCAUGAAUGCAGGCAUCUUACAGAAUACUUCACCUUCAAACAGGAAUGUCGAAUCAAAUAUUCUGAAGCGGUGUAUGAUGCAUGUAUGGAAACCUUUGACUGUCUUCCUCUUGCUGCCCUCUUAAAUCAACAGUUUUUGUGUGUACAUGGAGGGAUGUCCCCUGAAAUCACUUGUUUAGAUGAUAUUAAGAAAUUAGACAGGUUUAAAGAACCUCCAGCCUUUGGGCCAGUGUGUGACCUGCUUUGGUCUGAUCCCUCAGAGGAUUAUGGCAGUGAAAAGACCUUGGAGCACUAUACCCACAACACUGUCCGAGGCUGCUCUUAUUUCUACAGUUACCCUGCAGUUUGUGAAUUUUUGCAGAACAAUAAUUUGUUAUCAAUAAUCAGAGCCCAUGAAGCCCAGGAUGCUGGGUAUCGAAUGUACAGGAAGAGCCAAACAACAGGCUUUCCAUCACUCAUUACAAUUUUCUCUGCCCCAAAUUACCUAGAUGUCUAUAACAAUAAAGCUGCUGUGCUGAAAUAUGAAAACAAUGUCAUGAAUAUUAGGCAGUUUAACUGUUCUCCACACCCUUACUGGCUUCCAAACUUUAUGGAUGUUUUCACGUGGUCUUUGCCUUUUGUUGGGGAGAAAGUCACAGAGAUGCUGGUUAACAUUCUCAACAUAUGCUCUGAUGAUGAACUAAUUUCCGAUGAUGAAUCGCUAGAAGGCGGCACUACGGUUCGUAAGGAGAUCAUCAAGAAUAAAAUCAGAGCCAUUGGGAAGAUGGCACGGGUCUUUUCAAUUCUUCGGGAAGAGAGUGAGAGUGUGCUGACUCUCAAAGGCCUGACUCCAACAGGUACACUCCCUCUGGGUGUCCUCUCAGGAGGAAAGCAGACUAUUCAGACAGCCAUCAGAGGGUUUUCGCUUCAGCACAAGAUCCGGAGUUUUGAAGAAGCUCAAGGUCUGGACCGAAUUAAUGAACGGAUGCCACCCCGAAAAGAUGCUGUACGCUCUGAUGGGCCAAUGAAAUUGGUAACUGCUGUACAUCCAAACGCUGCACACAGGAGCGACCACGGGAAGAAACCCCAGUAA